UGAAUAUCAUAAAGAAUGAUAAUUUCAGCAACAUUGGUUUCCUGAGAUCAGAUUUCAAGGUCACAUGACCAAAUCAAUAUGGCUGACAGCGAAGAUGAACAUCCGUCAUCACCGGAUAAUAUUGACGAUUCACAAGGCCCAAGGCUUGUCACAAUAAGCAAAACAGAGACAGGAUUUGGAUUUAAUGUUAGAGGACAAGUUAGUGAAGGUGGCACGCUGAAAAGUAUUAAUGGCGAGCUGUAUGCACCGUUACAACAUGUCAGCGCAGUUCUGGAAGGAGGUGCCGCGGAACUGGCUGGGAUUCAAAAGGGAGAUCGUAUUCUCGAAGUUAAUGGAGUAAAUGUGGAAGGAUCGACACACAAACAGGUUGUGGAUUGUAUAAGAUCUGGGGGAGACACACUGAAACUCACAAUUAUAUCUGUCCCAAGGACAGUAGCAGAACGUCUAGAGCCAAGCGAUGACUCAUCAGGCCCUUCAAUGAUUGAUUACUCAGAGAGACGAUCUCUGCCCAUCUCUAUUCCCGAUCACCAAGUCAUAGACACAAUGGCUGAGAAAUAUGUAGUCUACAACAUAUAUAUGGCGGGUCGACAUUUGUGUUCGAGGCGCUAUAAAGAGUUCGCAACGCUAAAUGCAGAUCUCAAACGGGAAUUUGUUGACUUUAAUUUUCCAAAGAUGCCUGGGAAAUGGCCAUUCCAGCUAUCUGAUCAGCAGUUAGAUACAAGGAGGAGGGGUUUAGAACAGUAUUUAGAGAAAGUAUGUUCAGUUCGAGUGAUCGCAGAGAGUGAGAUUGUGCAGGAGUUCCUUGCUGCCCCAGAUGUCGACCAGACUCAGAGCAGUGGGAAUGAAGUUGAAUUGAAAGUAUUACUUCCUGAUAGAAACUUAGUCACAUUAAAAAUGAAGCGCAGUAGCUCAACAUUGCAAGUUUACGAUGCAGUUGUUGAUAAGCUGGGGUUGUCGACAGAUGUUGCCAAAUACUUUGCCUUGUUUGAAAUGGAGCAGUACAGUUUUGAGCGGAAGCUUCAAGACAAUGAGACUCCGCACAACUUGUACAUACAAAACUACAGUACAGCUACCCCUACAUGCUUAACAUUAAGAAAAUGGGUAUUUUCCCCUCAACGAGAAACAAAAAUAUUGAAAAAUGAAACAGCACUUGACUUUUUAUAUUGGCAGGCGAUAGAUGAUGUUAAUCGAGGACAAAUCAAACCGGGUGAAAAACUAUAUGACCUCAAAGCUUUGCAAGAGGCUGGAAGAAAACUAGAAUAUAUGAAAACUGUAAGGCAAUGUGAUGGCUAUGGUGAAAUAAUAUUCCCCCAUUGUGCAUGUGAUUCGCGGAAAGAAGGUCAUGUGAUAACCAUAUUUGGUUAUGACUCGUACAAGCUCCAGGCCUGCAAAGAGGAUGGUACUGUGGAGUCCCAAGUAAUAGAGUUCCAAUGGGAAGAGUUGAAUGUUUAUGAGGCUGAUGAUGAAGGGAUGUCCUUUAACUUUGAAUAUAUCAAAGAAGGAAAACGACCAAGAUGGGUCAAGAUAUUCUCACCAUUUUAUUUUUAUAUGUACGAAUGCUGUGAUGCGAUUCUACAGGAACGACAAUAUUCACAAGGCACAAGUGGCAAUGCAAUGAACAACAGUGUAAAUACCAACACACAUAAGAGUAUCAAGCGAAACAUUGAGGAAGAAGAGGAUGAGGAAGAGAGUGAAGGAGAGGAGUCAUCAUGAUGGAGGACUGGAGAGGAGGAGUGGAGAGGAGGAGUACAGAGACGAGGAGUCAAUAGUGUGUCAUAAGGAAUUCAGACAUGGACUGAUCUUUGAAUAACAUACUAUAGCUAGUUGUCUUGUUAUUUUCCCAUAGACGCUUCAUGAAUAAACUGGUCCUGAUAUAAAAAUAUGAUGCUGGGUUGGUGCUUAUAUUGCACCAAGGAGGAGUCAAGAUCAAAUUGGGGGUCAAUAUGAUUUGUAUACACAUCAAUAGAUACACAAAUAAAAAAUAGGCACUGCAUUUAAAAGUGAUGUACCAUCAAAAAGAGUAAGUGUAUAUAAUCAUCUACAAAUGUAUCAUAUAAGACUUUGGUAUGAACAUCACACUCUUUUAACCCGCCACCUCACCAUUCUGAAUCAAAACAUUGGUUGGAAAAUGUAAAUUCUGCAAAAAAAAUAUUAUUGGGGAAUAGAGAGAUUUGAAGCUGCAAUU